AUGUUGCCCAUCUACAUUUUCGCCGUUUUUGUAAUGCGCGAAGUAACCGCGGGAAGUAUAAAUGAAAUUUCGAAAAUCGUCGGUGGUAGUACAGCUGAGGAGGGACAAUAUCCUUAUCAAGCCUCCCUGCGUUUUAAGGAGCGCCACUUUUGUGGAGGUUCGGUGUUGAAUAAAAGAUGGAUAUUAACAGCUGCUCAUUGUUUAACAAGCUUCAACGAUACUGCAAUAACCGUUGUUCUGGGUACCAACACCUUAGACAACGGCGGUGACAUGUAUCGGUCCGAAAAAGUGAUUAGUCACCCGAGAUACAAUUCUGCGUUAAUCAGGAACGAUAUUGGAUUGAUUAAAUUAGAAAAGGACAUCGUGUACGGGGAUACAGUGAAAUCCGUCGCGUUACCAAAUGAAAAUUUCAGCAAAAUUGAUUACCCAGCAGUAUUGUCCGGUUGGGGAACGACCAGCUACCCUGGAGAUACACCGAAUGCAUUGCAGCGUAUCGAGUUGAGCGUGAUCGAUCAAAAACAAUGUUUAAAUACCAACUUUCGUAUCACCAAUGACAAUAUCUGUACACUUAACAAGAGGGGUGAAGGCGCUUGUCACGGCGAUUCUGGUGGACCUUUGGUUGCUGAUAUGGAGCAAAUCGGUGUGGUAUCUUGGGGAGUACCCUGUGCAAGAGGACGUCCAGAUGUUUUCACUCGUGUUUACAGCUACAUCCAGUGGAUAAAGGAUCAUAUUGAGGAUGGGAGCAGUUAA